CGGCUGAAGAGGAAGAUGGGGGUCACUGCUCGACGUGCUGCUGUGCUCUUCCUCCUGCUUCUAUCUCACGCCCUGAUCGCUGUCCACUCACAGGAGGAGGAUGAGGCCGUCCAGGAGGAGGCCGUCCAGGAGGAGGAGCAGCUGCAGCUGCAGGAGGAGGAGCAGCAGGUGAUCGAGACGUGGACAUCGAACAUCAAAACCUGCAGCUGUGACUGUGAGUCUGGUGAUUCACCCGUACGUGUCCCCACUGACGUCCCAAGGGUCCCGCCCACCUCGCUGCUGCCGCCGUCGUCACCUCAGGGUCACUCGCUGAACUGCAUGCCAGAAUGCCCGUACCACCAAGCUCUGGGCUUUGAAUCUGGAUCUGUGUCAUCAGACCAGAUCAGCUGCUCCAACCAGGACCAGUACGCGGGCUGGUACUCCUCCUGGGUCCCCACCAAGGCUCGCCUUAACAACCAAGGCUUUGGGUGUGCGUGGCUCUCCAAGUUCAACGACCAGCACCAGUGGAUCCAGAUCGACCUGCAGCAGGUGGCCGUGGUGUCUGGCAUCCUGUCCCAGGGCCGCUGCGACGCUGACGAGUGGAUCACUAAAUACAGCAUCCAGUAUCGCACCGUGGAAACCCUCAACUGGAUCUAUUACAAAGACCAGACAGGAAACAACAGGGUUUUCUACGGGAACUCAGACCGCUCCUCAACGGUCCAGAACCUGCUGCGCCCCCCCAUCGUGGCCCGGUACAUCCGCCUGCUGCCGCUGGGCUGGCACACCCGCAUCGCCAUGAGGCUGGAGCUGCUCAUGUGCAUGAACAAGUGCUCCUGAAGUCUGCAUUUCUGCCUCAUUAUGCGAACGAGGGGGCCGUCACUCAACGUUAAAUUAAAAUUAAAACAGAAAUAUAAAUAAGGAAAUAAAUAAAGAAAUGUGUAAAGAAAAGAAUAAAGAAAUAAAUUAGUUUGGGGAAAUAAAUAAGGGUGAAAUGCAAAGGGAAAAUUAUGCA